GACCCGCGUUUCAUGACGUCAUCAUAAGUGGUAGUGCCAACAUGGCGUUCACUCUAUACGCGCUGAUUCAAACAGCGAUUUUAUUUACUAAUGCCAUCGCUGUUCUCCACGAAGAGAGGUUUCUCAGUAAAAUUGGCUGGGGAGCUGAGCAAGGUAUUGGAGGCUUUGGAGAUGAACCUGGGAUUAAAGCACAACUUCUUAACCUUAUUCGAUCUGUUAGGACAGUCAUGAGAGUGCCUUUGAUAGCGGUAAAUUCAGUGUGCAUCGUCUUACUGUUGCUGUUUGGAUGAAGAGGAAAUAGACUGCUGUGGAACAAGCUCUAAAGUGUAACGCUGUGUAUGUGGUGCAAGAAAAGUGGACUGUUUUUUGUAACUGAUUAUUUAUGUUGCUCUCAAAUGUCUCAAAAUUAUUCUUAAAACAAUUUCUGUAAGUUCUCUGGGAGUUGUUUUUAAUUAAAAUUGUCAGAGCAUUUUUUAUGACUUGUUGCAAUAAUUUCUGAUGUUAUAAAAGCAAAUGCAUUUAAUCAAAAGGCUUAAACAUUAUUUGGUAUUUUUGUCAGUUAAUCUGGAGUUUUUUGUAUUUCUGAGCAACUGAUAAUGAUAGCUGUCAGCCAGUUUAUGUUUUUUUUUUUUUUUUUGCACCUUAAUCUUUUCCCCUUAAAUGAAGAUAUUUUCUAAGUUAACUUACCUGCGUAUUUGUGUAAAAGCAUCUUAAAAUAUCAAAGUUGGGGUAAAUUCAAAAGAGGCUCAAGGAAAAUGUCUGUAAAUGUUUUAAAGCUCUUUGUUGGCUAUGCUGAGAUUGCAGUGGUGGUAGAUAUCAGGUUUAUACAUGUCUGAAAGGCUUUUGAAGUUUGACCAAAGUAGCCCAAACCUUUGUGAGCCAGUCAACACACUUAACAUUUGUUAAUUCUUUCAUAUUUGAAUAAAGUCUAUGUGUCUUUCCAUC